AGGUGAUAACAGUAACCAGUGUAGCAGUGGUUUAGCCUCAGCAGUUUUACUUGCAGGACAUGCUGGACUACGGAGAUGCAUGGAGAAUCAUCUCCCAGUGAAGAUUUUAUGAGGUUUUAAGUAGCUAGGAUAUAUUUUGAAUUUCAUAAGAUGUGAUGCCAUUAAUUUGCUAGUUUUGACAGGCGGCCAAAUACUAUUUCAAACUCCAGUCCCCGGCUCUGACCCAUGAGUCUUCACACAGGCAAUCCAGUCUCCUCCUGGAACCAUGAAAAUCUUGCUGGUUUUUGAUUUUGACAAUACAAUCAUAGAUGACAAUAGUGACACCUGGAUUGUGCAGUGUGCCCCAGACAGAAAGCUCCCUGUUGAACUACGAGAGUCAUACCAAAAAGGAUUUUGGACGGAAUUUAUGGGCAGAGUCUUUAAAUAUUUGGGAGAUGAAGGUGUAGGGGAAGAGGAAAUGAAAAGAGCAGUUACUUCCAUACCUUUCACUCCAGGGAUGGUAGAACUUUUCUCCUUCAUAAGAAAGAAUAAGGAUAAAUUUGAUUGUAUCAUUAUUUCAGAUUCAAAUUCCAUCUUCAUAGAUUGGGUUUUAGAAGCUGCCCGUUUUCACGAUGUGUUUGAUAGAGUGUUUACAAAUCCAGCAGGUUUCGAUAACAAUGGUUAUCUCACUGUGAAAAAUUACCAUACUCAUACUUGCAAUAGGUGCCCAAGGAAUCUUUGCAAAAAUGUCGUAUUAGAGGAAUUUAUAGAUAAACAGUUGAAACAGGCAGUGAAUUAUACCCAAAUUGUUUAUAUAGGUGAUGGUGGAAAUGAUGUUUGUCCAGUAUCCUUUUUAAAGAAGAAAGAUGUUGCCAUGCCACGGAAAGGAUACACUUUACAGAAAACUCUUUCCAAAAUGUCUGGAAAUCUUGAACCUAUGGAAUCCUCUGUUUUGGUUUGGUCUUCAGGUGUUGAAAUCAUUUCUCAUUUGCAGUGUCUAAUAAAGGAGUGUAUCCACUAAGAUUAGAUUCAGCAUCAUAAAAUCUAAAAUCUCCAACAGCUAAUGACUUAGGGAAGUAUUUUUUUUCUCACUGAAAGUAAUUCCAGAGGUAAGUAUCUUGAGGCCUUUUUCUUGCUCUAACUGCCGUAGCAUUUGGCUUCCAACUUAAAAUCCAAGAUUUCUG